CAACAAUUGGAUAUUCUGACAAUGCUUCUAAAAAUAAAUGCAAAAUGUGUUUACAUUUUCAUUAUUUGGCAGUGUCAUACAAAUGGUCCACGUCAAAGCAAAACAGCAAAAAACAUGUUAGGCUCUUAUCGUCGCAUUCCCGUGCAAAUUUGCUAGAACAGUUCAGGAGCGAAUUCAAAAGCACUGGAGAGCGGCUUUGAUAUACAGACUCCAUGAACUAUAACUUGGAAGUUAACUGACAGUUACCAGUAAGAUUAUUUUUCACGUCUGAACUAUCCUGUUCUGUGCGGUUUUGUGAUGCUCGAUAAUCGUGUCUCCAUGACACCGUUAUUACUGGGUGUUUAUUUUUGUCGCUUAGUAUAUAAUUUUGGCGCUCUCAAUACCUCGUCGUGUAUAGACGGAAUAAAUACCCAAAAAUGAAAAUAAUCCAGGAAUAUGAACAGUCAUGCAUUCGAAGACUUUUAGACUGCCUGAAUGUUACAGAGUAAUGAUUAUUUUCUCCAUUAGAAAUACACCAAUAUUGUAAAUGCCAAUAGUAAGAUUUUCAAUGCAGUUGUUGAUUAGAUUCACUUGGUGUAUUUGAAUAUGUGUUUUUUAGACAAAGGUAAAAAUAGCUUAAACCGGUGCGAUUGAGUUAUCAAAUGUAAUCACCAAUUAAGACUACAUAAUUAUACAUUGUUAUCAUCUAGAUUGAACCAUUAAACCAAUGUUCACUAGUUGUAAGUUGUUUUUGACAGUUUAACCAAAUUGCAGUCAAAACAUACUCAAACUGACAUGGCAGAAAUAAAAGUUGGAGACUAUGAUCAACCAGACUCCAAUUUAUUAAACAAAAAUGAUCAGAAAGUGAAUUUGAAGGUUUACAAGAGAAGGUGGAUGAUAUUGUUGAUUUUCAUGUACUAUGCUGGUGUGUGUUCUUUUCAGUGGAUUGAAUACUCGAGUAUCACUCAUCUAGUAGUAGAAUACUAUGAAGUUAGUACACUUGCAGUAGAUUGGACUUCUAUUGUUUAUUUGGCACUUUAUCCGCCAUUGGUAAUUCCGCUGUCGUAUGUUAUCAACAAAUGGGGCGUAAGAAUGGCUGCAUUAAUAGGUUGCAUUGGAACACUGGUAGGAACUACAGUAAAAGUAUUUUCUAUUCGAAGGGACUUGUUUUCUGUGGUUCUACUGGGGCAGAUCAUUGUAGCUGGUUCACAAACCGUAAUAAUAUGUAUUCCACCAAAAAUAGCAUCGACUUGGUUCAAACCAAGUGAGUUAUCUACAGCGUGUUCUCUAGGGACUUUAGGAACCCAACUAGGUAUCGCUCUUGGAUUCAUGCUACCUCCUAUUAUUGUCCCAAACAGCGACGAUCCAAAGGUCAUAGGACAAAGACUGCAGUUUUUAUGUUGGAUGCUCACCAUUGCUAUGAUACCUGUAUCCAUUGCAGUAUUAUGGUGUUUUCCAGAACAACCGCCUAAACCUCCCAGUCUUGCUCAAGCAGCAUUACGUUCCAGAAAUGGAAGCCAGCAAUUUAGGUCAAGAGACUUCUUUGGAUCGAUUAGAAUGCUUCUAAUUAACAAAGGAUUCGUGGUUCACAUGAUUGCCUAUGGUAUCAAUAUAGCUGCUUUUUCUGCCAUUGGGACAUUUUUGAGUCAGUUUGUAUUGCAAUACUUUGAGGAUGCUAAUGAAGAUGCAGGGAGAAUGGGUAGUGUAAUGGUAAUAACAGGAAUGGUAGGGAUGAUAAUGUUUGGAGUUCUGUUAGACAAAACUCACUGGUACAAAGAAGUGACACUCUUUGUUUACUUAUUCUCGACGAUAAGUGUGGUGUGUUUGAUGUAUGCCCUACAUUGGAGGUCCAAAAUAUUGACGUAUAUCUCUUGUGCAAUUGUGGGCAUGUUUACCAACGCCUAUAUGCCAGUGGGUUUCGAGUUGGCUAUAGAGCUCACGUUCCCUUCAGACGAAAGCUUAACUACAAGCAUCCUCCUCACGAUGACCCAAGUAUUUGGAGCUCUAUUCACAGUAGGUGUUGGAUAUUUGAAUAUAUGGACGGGAUGCUUCUGGUCUCUGGCGAGCCAAGCGGUGCUACUUUUCAUAGGCACGUGCAUAACUGCUUUUAUCCCUAACAGUCUCAGGAGGCAAGAAGCUUUUAGGAGGGAUCCUAAUAUGAAGAAAAACUCUAUGCAUGGAUCGAGAUUAAUAUUUAUUGAGUGAAUUGUAAAUAAAAUAUGUGACUUUUAUUGCUUUUAGUAUCUACUGUUGAGAUAAAAUUUGACCCAAAUUUUUGCGCGCCAGUACACACAACACGUGUAGUAGCAGGGAAAUCGGAUGGAUAUAAAUUUCAUAACAUUUUAAUGCCGCUCAUCUUGAAAAUAUUUAUAGUUCAGCUUUUAAUGCAAAUAUGACAACAGCGAGACGGUGGACUUUCUGCAAAUGUAUGGUGAUUCUGUUAAAUUUCACAAGAUCACUGUUUUAAGGUUUUAAGCAUUUCUGAAAAAAUACUUGAAAAUAUUACGUUUCCACUAAAUGCCCAUAUAAAUGUUAUAGAAAUUAAUAAGCUUGGUAACAGAACAGCUGAUGUGAUUCAAACUUCACAAAAGCUUUUUUGGUACGUGGCCUUGAAGACAUUAAAAUUUCGGGCAUCUUCAUAUAAUAUAAGUUGUGACCAUUAUAUUAAGGUCCGACAAAACGAACUCUCGUUUUUUGCUGUUGUUCCCGGGAUUUUUUUUCUUCCUUCUGGACUUGUCGGACAAACUAUAAAUAACCUUAUUGAUAAAAUAAUGGAUUUGACUUACAUUUAAGGCUACAAUUCUCGGUCGCGUUCUGUCGCCUGUUUUGCGGAGAGUUACUACUUACUAGUACGUUGAAGAUUAAUUCAUUGCUAAGAAUAUUGUUUCUUAUAAUAAAUAAACUUAAUAGAAUACAAUGCUUUUUUACUUAAGACAAAGUCAUCUGAAAAUGUUGGGUUGAUAAUAUUUUUGAAUGUUUUACUCCUUGUUCAAAGCUGUUCGAUUUUCUAUACAAAAAUAUCGAGGCAAAAAAUGUUAAUACACACAGUAUCACUGGCACUGCUAGGACGAAUCUAACAAUAGGUACCUCAUAUGUCAAAUUCGUCAAGUCGUUUGGACUGUAGCUCGUAAAAUAGAGUUUCUUGUUUAGAUGUAUAGAUACCAACCUGCGUCAAACACAGAUUUUUUAAGUUGAGGAACUUAUCGUAGCAAGCUGAAACUUUCAGGGUUUACUCUACAUGGAUUGAAAUAGUUUUUGCAAUAAAAUGAAUCAUGAAAUACAACCUCAAUGUUUUUACCACCCUCCAAAGUUGAGGGAUGGAAGAGAUUUUUCACAAAAAAAUGAAUUUAAGAUUUCUUGCGUUUAUUUCUAAUUAGCUCUGUUAAAAAGUGACAACCAUUGCUGAAACUAACCAUUUAGCUCUUCUCAAAAGAAAUCACAGUCCCAAACCCAAUGGUUUAGUUGUAAUUGCGAUUGAAAGUUUUUUGUCGAAAUUUCAAAAAAUUGCAAAUAUCUUUUGAACUACAAAAUUUCAGACCACACAUAUAGGUAUUGAGGCCUUCUAACUAUAAAGUUAUUAUUUCCUGCUAAACUUUGUAAAUCAGCGUUUGUUCUACUCGUUUUAAUUUAAUAAGCGGAACAUUGGUUCUACGUUUUUCUAUCAAAUUGAUUGUCACUAUUUACAUAUGCUGAGCAUUGUUUUUUUUAGAAACAUCUUAAUUCAAACUUUUAAUCACAAAAAAAUAGAAUGUACUUAGACGGAAAACUUAUUCUAGAUCUCGGAUGCGCGCGGUUAGCAAACUGUCAACGGAGAAUAUCAUACUUUUCCACCAAAAGUAUACGCGAUCCUAUUACUAUUUUGAUAUUUCUCUACAAUUGGGCGCAAUCUGAAAAUUUUAGAUAAACUAGGACUUAUAAACUUCACCUCAGUGGAAAAAAGAUUGGAUGCAAUACAUUGUAAUAAAAACUUCAUUCUAAUUUUUUUCGUGUUCGUCAAUUCGUAAAUGUCGAUUAUAAACCUUUGAUCGUUUAAUCAGGAAAAAUAUGAAAGGUUAUAAUAUUUUGUGUUAAUAUUGGUUAGAAGUGCAUGUGGAAAGCAACACGUUGAUUUGGCAAAAACGAUCUUUAGGGCCCCGCUGACUGCAGACUUUCUAUCGGCCGAUAGUUUAGUCGGGUUGGGCUGCUAGUGCGCAAGCCGAGUCAACUAAACAGUUUGGUUUAUGACGAGUGCGCAGCCUAGCCAACAGCCGGCUGACGCCGAUUAUUCCGAACGAUACUAGUUUGUAUCUGACUGUUGGAAUGAGCGAUCGCACAAUAAAGAUAAAUACAAUAUUGCCCAAAAAUUGUAUUAAUCCUCUCAUCCAACGGAGAAGAAAAAUCAAUAAUAGAUUCCAAGAGUAUUUGGUGCAUCCCAUUCAGUGAUAUAUUAGAUGGUGGAAAAUUUUACACAAUGCUUUCCAAAUUACUUGAUUACCCGAAAAACCACGACUGUUCGACGCCAAAGCUCGGAGCGAACUGAACAAUCGGCCGACUAAACAAUCGUCGUGUGUGCGCAAGUGGAAGUUAGCUAACACUGAUUACGCAGUCGGCCGAUGUUGACGGACUGAUUACUUUGAAGGGAAUCGGGAAGCCCAUCAAACUUUUUAUCGGCCGAUACUGAAUCGCUGUGAUGUGCGCAUAUGCAUACGGCUCCAUACUGAUUGAGAAGCUGGCCAAACUAUCGGCCGAUAGAAAAUCUGCGGGGGCCCUUACACACGCUCCAGAAACAUGAAACGUACAAUACACAACCGCGUGUACACUGCACUGGGCAUAGGCUGCCUACGUACAUGUGGAUAAAUUGUGUAAGCUACAGCGUAGACGCAAGUUGAAAUUUCUGUUGAAGACAUUAUUAUAAAUUUAUUCGGACAUAAUGUUUAUAUACCUAUUGUUGUUAAGGAUGGAAGAUUUUCAAAAAAUAGUCCUUAGUUGUUAACCUUUUCGUUUUUAGAUAUGUCACAAUUAAAAAUAUUGCACUUAUUCUUUUAGAUUGUAUCGCUGUACUCUUAACUUAUUAUUAUUAGAUAUACCAAAUAUUGUAGCCCUUUAUAUUAUAAGAAUAAAACCGC